UCUAGAACUAUAAAUAGUAAAUAUGUUUGUUUUAUUCUACACAGAGGUCAAAUGGUGCUUAGUAUAACUUAGAAAUCAAAACAUACAUACAAAAACUUUCUAAAAAACAACAACCCAUACUCUAAUAAUUAUGUUAUCAAUGUAACUUGAUUGAAGAAAAAUGAAUUAAAAUCAUUGAAAUAGAUGUAACAACAUAUUUUAAUUUCGGUAUUCGGUAACAGCUAAAAAUUUGUUUAUGCAGAUACUCAAAAUUUUUUGUCAAAAUAUUUAUUUUCGUGUACGAUGUAUCUCUCCUCAAUACAGUAUUCAAACUUAUUUUGAUUUCUGUCAGAGAAUUAAUACAGGGGAUGUUUCUUUCCCACUUGAGGUUUGGUUUAUGAGAUAGAGCAGUUACUAGUUAACAAUCUUUCUCUUAGACGAAAGUUUCAUACUUGCAGUAGAGCUGCAUUGAAAUUAAUUCAGUCCCAAGCACUGAUAAGAGGUACUACUUAGAAACCGGUGUGUAGGUGAUCUAUUUGACUGAUUUUAGCAUGGUCCUGCUGAUUGAUGAACGAGAAACAUCUACAAGGCUCACUUUUGAGGUAUCUCACAUAAAUUGAUGUCGGAUAUAAUUCGAUAUUUGGCAUGGUAUCAGCAGGGGAAGUAGUUGUUUUAUGGCGGGUAUUUACCAGAGCCUACGGUGUAGGUACUUUGGGAGAGAUGAAUGUUUCGAGAUUUCAUUUCCAUAUAUUCAUUUUCUUAUAAUAUAUUUCCAUCAAUUGUACCACUCAAACAAAUUGAUGACGCGUCAUAAAAUUAAUUAAUUAUUGACUUAUCACAGGGUUAUCAUUUAUUCUAACCAAGAAAUGACAGAAAAUUAUUUUUCCGCCUACCUCUAUCCAAAGUAUACAUUUCCUGGCCUCAUUGUAGGGAGCAAAGUCGUACUUUUCCUCACUAGGGAGGAAAAGUAAAAGUGACGUCAUGGUACAUAAUCAAUGAAAUAAUUUAUACGGCAUUGACAACCUAAACUAUAUUCUAUUAUAUAAAUAUAAAGUUUACCGUUUAUUUAUAGAACAACCUGUAUUUUGCAAUAUGGUAUAAAUUAGUAGGUAUUUUAAUUUAACGAUUUUUUCAUUGAUAAUUUGUUAGAUUCAUAGAUCCAUCCGGUUUUCGAAUUUAUGACAAAUUUUAUAGCAUGCUAUGGUCGUUUGACAGUUUCAAAGUGUGAUUCACCAUACAUAAUAGGUACCUAUAUCUGUAAAAUAUUAAGAAUAUUUUAAAAAUGAGUGAUUCAAGCGAUUUUGAAGAUAUAAAUAAUACACCACCGGAUAUUUUGGAACAAGUUAAUGUAACGGUACAAUCUUUAUUGCCCCAAAAAUCUAAAGAUAAAUACGAAAAACAAUAUUUACAUUUCAAGCGAUGGGCCGAAGAAAAGCAUAUUCGUAUUUACUCAGAAAAUGUUAUGUUGGGAUAUUUUUCGAUAUUAGCAAAUACACUAAAAGCCUCUACAUUGUGGUUCAAGUAUUCGAUGCUACGUAACAUGCUUCAAAUAAAAGAAAAUAUGGAUAUUAAAUAUCCAAAAUUAAUUGCUUUCUUGAAAAGGCAAAACCAAGGAUAUAAACCUAAUAAGGCAAAAACCUUCUCAAGAGAGGAACUAAAUACAUUUUUAUUAGAAGCCCCCGAUAAUAAUUAUUUAUUAAUGAAGGUUCUCCUCAUUUUCGGAAUUUCAGGAGCAUGCAGGUGUGACGAGCUCCUUAAAAUGGCCACUACAGAUAUUGAAGAUAAAGGUUCAAUAUUAAUAGUAAAUAUACCAAAUUCUAAAACAAAUAUUCAGAGAACGUUUGUAAUCAAUGCUUCACUGGGGAAUGGCCCUAAUUAUAUUGAUAUUUAUAGAAAAUAUAUAUCGUUACGCCCUAAAAUAGAUCAGACACGUUUAUUUGUCUGCUAUAGAGCAGGAAAAUGUAUCAACCAAAUGGUUGGGAAAAAUACUAUAGCUAAACUUCCUACAAAAAUUGCAGAAUUUUUAAAACUGCCUAAUGCCAUAAAUUAUACCGGGCAUAGUUUCAGAAGAACCUCGGCAAGUUUACUUGCAAAUUCUGGAGGAGACAUUCUUACUUUAAAGCAACACGGAGGUUGGAAGUCUACAAAUAUCGCUGAAGGAUAUGUGCAGCAAUCUCUUGCAAAAAAGCAAAAAAUUUCGAACCUAAUUAUGGGAGUCACUAAAGUUAAUGAAACUGAUUGUAAUCAGCCAAGUACGAGUAUUUCCGAGGGAUACCAGCUGUAUAAUAAUAUAGUUAGUGAAAAUAUCACGAAAACUGCGUUGGAUCCAGCUCAGUUUUAGUGGUAUUCAAAUAACCACUGCUCAAAACUGCACGUUUAACAUCACUAUAAAUAAUUACUCUAGCAGAAAUUAAAAAUAUGUACGAUGCAAGUAUGAAAAUACCGUCCCUAUGAGUUAUACUGUACCUACUUCUCAGUUUUAGUUCUUUAAUAAAUUUUGUUUGUAAGUUUCAUAAAUAAAUUAUCUUUUUGGUAGUUUCAUAAAUAAAUUAUUUAAAAAUUUGAGGGAGGCGGAAAAAUCAUAUGUAUAACAUGGGGGUAAAGUGAAUUUUCCUCCCUUGAAUGAUUACUGCCCUCCGCUACGCGUCGGGCAGUAAACUUCAUUCUCGGGAGGAAAAGUAACACUUUCCUCCCUUGUUAUACAAAUAGCUAUUACCCUGCAUUCAAAUUAAUUUUAUUUCCACAGUUCAUUUCUGAUUUUUGCAGUCAUUAUAAAACAACUACAUUUUUUUAUUACAAGAUGAAAAUUCGCGAAAUGAAUUGUACUCAGUGAUCCAAUUGAAUAGGAAUUAGAUCUGAAUUACGUCUCAUGGCCUCGGAAGGCCGAUAAUCUCGUGAUCAAUGAAAAUCCUUGUUGAUUGGCUGACUUAGUCCAAUCAUGAAUAUUGUUCUUGUAAUGAAAUUCUACCCACACGGUUUUUCCUAUCAUUUUCUCAGUAAAACAUUUGCUAUCACGACUUCCUCAACAUUUAUUUAUUUAUACGCGAUAAACCCCGGAAUGUUUCUGCAGCACACAACUAUAUAACAUUAUAAAAUACUAUAGGGUAUAGAAUUAAA